AUGGAGUUUUCGACAAUCUCUGUAGAUGCUAGUCCAUCUCAUUCACAUUCUCUUAUCCCCCCUGUCGGCAACUUGCCCGCGGAACUUCUCAUAGAGACAUUUGCUUUUUGUGCUGCCGAAGAUCCCCUUGCUCCUCUUACUUUGGGCACCGUUUGUCGUCUCUGGAAAAAAGUUGUUGAUGAAUCCCCUCGCGUCUGGCAGGUCGUCAUCUUGGACGAUAAGAGGUACAUUCCUGCCUCUCAAUCCCAAGCUAAACUUUGGAUCAGUCGGUCUGCUCCUCUUGAGCUUGACGUGAAGCUUCAUGUUGAGGAUGCGAACAAUAUACUAUCUCUUCUUGCUCCUUUCCUCCCAGUACUCCGUCGUUGGAGGCGACUCACCAUAUCCGGUGCACGUGAAGAAUCCAUCCGUCUCUCAGACACCUUUUCGCGCCUUGACACGCUUAAUGACCUCAGUAUUUCUGUUUACGACGAUGAAGACGCAAAUGAUACAUGCCGCUCUACAUUUGUCCAAUAUUCCCCACUCUGGCCGAACCGAAUGGUCAUGAAUAUCUGGUUAACCAAAUUACCCCAUGCAGAAUCCAUGAUCCCUCUUCAAUUCACAUCGCUUAGCAUCACAGAGCAAUCGCCUCUUACUACACAACCUGACCCAACUGCUGUCCUCGGUUUGCUCAAAUCGUGCCCUCAGCUUGAGAGCUUCACUUUGAGCGGCUGGAUGGAGGCCGAAAACUACCGAUAUCAUCCUCUUCCUGUUGUUUCUCUGCCACGCCUCCACACCCUGCAUCUACGUAGGACUACCUUAGCACGUGCGAUACUAUCCCAUAUCGACGCACCUGUGCUCUCGAAGCUAUACCUGGCUAACCUUAAUAUCAGCCACCGUAUCUCCCCUGAAUAUCUUGAACCAGGCGAUAGUGAGGACGAGGCGCACGAUUACUCGCAGUCUCCUUGGAGCGACCAGGCGACGGGCAUGGGCUUACGAAAUCUCAUUGCACGCUGUAAUCCACCCAUAAAGGCACUCGAGAUGGAUUACAGCGAUAUGCGCACCAAGGAUUUUAUUUACGUGUUCGAUCAUCUAACGGAGCUCGAGGACUUCCUUAUCGUGGCUUCGGAUAUGUCCAAUACGGUGAUCAGACUGCUGAAACCUUAUGACGAGGCUGCUGAUAAUGACCCGUGUCUGUCACCCGCUCCUUCACUAACGGUUCGUCUUCCCCACUUGCGUAAUCUGGAGCUGUAUAACUGUCACCGCAUCUCCGGCGAUGCCAUCGUUGAAACUCUUAUGCAGCGAGUCAAAUACACUGACCGGUUCGCCCCAGAGGACACGAUGGAGGAGGUCAUUAUUGUCGACUGCGAGCAAUUCAAUUACCAACAUCAGGAUAUGCUGAGCAAGGAAAUGGGACUUAGGUUUAAAAUGGAUUAG